CCAGCCAUUGGGACUGAGGCGGGGGCGGCACGGGAGGCCCUAGUGGAGCGGAGCUGUGCGCCCGCUUGUGCGCGCGUGGUGACGGCCUGUUGUACUCCCCAGCCUCGGUUUCUCUGCGUCUGGCUGGGGGGAGGGUGCUGUGGGGUGGUCGGGCAGCGGCCGGGGCCAAGUGUUUCCCUCCUCCGCUGCAGCCCCGACGCAACUCGGGCAGUCACAGGCGAAGAACGCCGGGUGACUGCCCGAGAGACUGAGGCCCACAGCCGGCUGAGGACAGGGCCCGGCGGCGCGGCGGCGUUGACAGACCUGGCGACAGGACUCGAGGGACCGCCCUCACGUAGACCUACGCCCAAGCGAGGAAAUGACUCUACCUGGACGACUUCCCCGCGUCGCUUUCGUCUCCGGCUGUCCUAAAGCUAGCAGAGCGGGGCUUGGUCCCCAACCUGGCGUCCAGAGCCUGAUGGCCUUCGAGGAUGUAGCCGUUUACUUUUCCCAGGAGGAGUGGGGACUCCUAGACACAGCCCAGAGGGCCCUAUACCGGCAUGUGAUGCUGGAAAACUUCACACUUGUGGCAUCAUUGGGACUCUCCACCUCCCGACCUCGUGUGGUUGUCCAACUGGAGCGAGGCGAAGAGCCCUGGGUUCCCAGGAGGAGUGACUCUACCGCAGCCAGGAACACACAGGGGAAGCACAACCCUGGUUCCCGGCAUUUGGUAGAGGACAGAGAUGUUUCCGGAGAAGCAGCCUCACCAGGGGCCUUCCCUGUUAUUGGUGCCUGGCACAGUGCAGAAAGCCAGGGGGGAGAACAGGGCGCCUCCCCGUCACAAGAGCGAAAACCCACAGGGGUGUCGAUGGUCUACUGGGAGAGUCUCCUGCUCAGCUCAGGCACUGGCCAGGCAAGCGUCAGCCUGCGACUAACAUCCCCUUUGCGGCUUCCUUGCCGCACUGAGCCAAGGAUGCAGCCCCAGCGGCUGGAGCAGCUGGAGCAGCAGAAGCUAUCUGCCCGGGAGGCCCCUGGGAGACCUUUCCGGAGGGUCCCGGACCCGAGGGCUGUUAGCAGUACCCAGGAACGUAGAGUGGGUGCGGAGUGGCUCAAACCCCAGAGACUCCCCAGCGACCAGGCGCCCCCAACCUGGGAUGAACUGGGUGAGGCUCUGAACACUGGCCCCGGCCUCCCUGGGGAGAAGCCCUUCGAAUGCAGGGCAUGCAACAAAGUGUUCUUGAAGAGCUCCGACCUCCUCAAGCACCUGCGCACCCACACUGGGGAGCGCCCCUACGAGUGCGCACAGUGUGGCAAGGCCUUCAGCCAGACCUCGCACCUGACGCAGCACCAGCGUAUCCACAGCGGGGAGACGCCCUAUGCGUGCGCAGCAUGCGGCAAGGCCUUCCGGCACAGCUCUUCACUGGUGCGGCACCAGCGCAUCCACACGGCGGAGAAGGCCUUCCGCUGCAGCGAGUGCGGUAAAGCCUUCAGUCACGGCUCCAACCUCAGCCAGCACCGCAAGAUCCACGCGGGCGGGCGGCCCUAUGCCUGUGGGCAGUGCGGCCGCCGCUUCUGCCGCAACUCACACUUGAUCCAGCAUGAGCGCACGCACACGGGAGAGAAGCCCUUUUCCUGCGCACUCUGUGGUGCUGCCUUCAGUCAGGGCUCCUCGCUCUUUUUGCACCAGCGUGUGCACACGGGGGAGAAGCCCUUCUCUUGCACGCAGUGUGGACGCACCUUUAGCCGCAGCUCCAACCUCACACAACACCAGCUGCUGCACACGGGUGAGCGGCCCUUCCGCUGCACGGACUGUGGCAAGGCCUUUGCUAAAGGCACGGUACUGCUGAGUCACCGGCGCAUCCACACUGGCGAGAAGCCCUUUCUGUGUGCACAGUGUGGCCGCACCUUCCGGGAGCGCCCAGCACUGUUGCACCACCAGAGAAUCCACACUGGUGAGAAAUCUUCCAGGGCAGGGCUGGCCUGCACCCCUAGGGCAGAUGUCUAUAGUGUGCAUCAUGGAAAGUUCCGUCAGGGAGGGAAGCAGAAGCCUGAGGUCAUAGCCUCUCGUUUCUCGGACAUUCUGUAAAUCCCUUCUUCAGCUUCCAGACCCAUGUCCUCUAGAAAUCCUCCGUGAGGGAAAUCUCUGUGCCUUUGAGUCAGGCAGAAGUGACACCCAGUGGCUUGGUUCCAGUUGCAUAUGAAGACAGGAUUUGCCACUUCAGCUCUAGCUUACACCUCCGUCCCCAAAGAGGUCACAGUGCAGAAACAGUAUAGGACGAGCUGGCUGGGAUUCUGGUGAGCCAAGACUGUAGUUAGAGCCAGUGGGAGGCCAACAAAGGCAGUCUUGCAUAGUGAGGAUGCUUCAGGUGUAUUUUGACAGAGAUGAUGCUAAGGUGAGGAAAGGAAAUGCCAGCAUGGGGGGCCAGGGAGGGUCAGAGAACCUUUUGAUGUCUGCAUACAACCUGCUGCUGGACAGAUGCUGAGGAUAUCUCCCCCACCCCAGAACUCGGUUCAUCCAAGGCUUCUGAAGCCCAGCCUAGUACACAGAAGGGCUAAGGCAGUAGGGUUGGUGCUGGCCUCCAGCAAGUGGCUGGGCACUGAAUUCUAGCUUCCUUCUCUGGGAAACAGAAGAAAAGAUGAGUUUACUGAACAUUCAUGUUGGCGGACACUCUGAUAGUCAACACAUGUUUGCUGCAAGCUUCUGUUUUGAGUGCUGGGAUAUUUCUCCACAGCUCUAUGAGGUAGCUUCUGUGCCUGGUAUCCCUAACGGCAAAGCUUGGACUCAACCCAGGUAGACUGGCAUCACCUCCUGGGUUGUGCUCUUACCUUCUUGGGUUGAUGGACUGGCCUGGUUCCCCACACACAGCCAACUCAGGCUAUGGAAGCCUUCCAGAGACAAUGUGGCUCUCAGCAUUGGAAACACAGAUCCAAGGUGAUCGGCCACUGGCACUUUCUUAUCCAAGUCUCAGUAUUGGCUAAGGCCUGUCAAUGACUGUAAUUACCAAUUUUAACAUUAUGAGGAACGUUUAUAUCUGAGGUGAGAACUUCAGCCGGGUGUGGGGGCUCACUCCUGUAAUCCCAGCACUUGGGAGGCUGAGGUGGGUGGAUUGCCUGUGCUGUGGCAUGUAGUCCCAGUACCUGGGAGGCUGAGGCAAGAGAAUCGCUUGAACCCAAAAGUUUGGGGUUGAGCUAAGAUGCCACAGCACUCUACCAAGGGUAUCCAAGUGAGACUGUCUCCAGAAAAGAAAAGAAAAGUAACUUCAGAGAAAGAAAGAGGACUGCUCAUUUUUCCUGGGCUUUGUGGCUACAUGGCCUGUUCUUCCUCCUCAAUUAUGUGGUGAACAGAGAGCUGAAUAGAAAGGAGUUGCCAUUACCUAAGGCCUUGUAUAACACCUUCCUGAGCUCCAUUUCUCCCUAGUGUAAUGCUCCACCUGGUAGGGAAAAAAGGGUGCAGUUGUAGGUGGUGGCGGGGCGGGGUGGGGGGAGUAGAUCUUUCCCCAUUUUGCUUUCUGGGAGAUUCAGCAGACCAGGAAUCUUCCCUACUUGGGACCUUACAUCCUGGGAAAUUCAUGGUCUUUUUUACUGGGACAAACAAAUCGGCAUUUAUGAUUUAUAAUAUGCGAGUAGUUCCUGUAUAGCGAUGUGGACUUCCACCGUUUAAUCACCCUCUCCUGACUCCAGGGUGCAAGGGUCAGGUUUAGAAAGAGUUUUGAAAGUUUUUUUUUUUUUUAGGCGGUGCCUUAUGGCUCAGUGGGUAGGGCGCCAGCCCUAUAUAUGGAGGGUGGCAGGUUCAAACCCGGCCCUGGCCAAACUGCAACAAAAAAACAGCCAGGCAUUGUGGCGGGCACCUAUAGUCCCAGCUACUUGGGAGGCUGAGGCAAGAGAAUGGCCUAAGCCCAGGAAUUGGAGGUUGCUGUGAGCUGUGUGACACCACAGCAUUCUACCGAGGGCGAUAAAGUGAGACUCUGUCUCUACCAAAAAAAAAAAAAAAUGAAGAAAGAAAAGAAAUCUUAAAAUAUAUUUAAAAAAAAAGUUUUUAUUUAGUUUUUUGGUUUUUUUGGUAUGUUUUUUUGAGAUAGGGUCUUGCCCUGUUGCUGGGGCUAUAGUGUACAGGUAUUAUCAUAGCUCACUAUAAUCUCAAAUUUCUGGACUCUGAACUCAAGUGCUCCUCCUGCCUCAGCCUCCCAAGUAGCUGGGACUACAGGCAUGUGCCACCACACACAGCUAAUUAUUUUCUGUAAUGGCAAGCACUUGCUACAUUGCUCAGGCUCAUCUCAAACUCCUGGCCUGAAAUAAUCCUACUGCCUCAGCCUCCCAAAAUGUAAGGAUUACAGGAGUAACCAAUCUCAGCUGCUGCUUCUCUCUUUUUUUAAAAAAAACAGGGUCUCACUAUGCUGCCCAGGCUGGAGUGCAGUGGCUAUUCACAGACACAAUCCCACUUCUGAUCAGCGUGGGAGUUUUGACCUCCAUUUCUGACCUGGAUCAGUUCACCUCUCCUUAGACAACAUGCUGGACCCCUACUCCAGGAGGUCACUAUAUUGAUAGCAAACUUAGUGCGGACACCCAAUCAACAUAGCACACUGUAGCCAAGAACUCCUGGACUCAAGUGAUCCUCCUAUCUCAGCCUCCCACGUAGGUGGGACUACAAGCACAUGCCACUGAGUAUGGCAAUCCCAGUCUCUAUAAACAUUUGUGUUAAUAGUAACAACUAGAUACUCUUUCACCCUAAUAUAAUGUAGAUGAUACUGAAUAUAUGCAGACAUGCCAUUAGGAGUUAUUGUCAUAGAAGUUUAGGAACUUGACUUCAACCCAGGUCUCCUCAAUGAGACACAGGGUAAAGUUGGAGCCAGUCUGGGGCCGAGUGUAGGAGUUGGAUGCCUAUAUCCUUUUCAUAUAUAGAAGUGGAUAGGGGGCAACCAGAGGCCUUGGUGAAGUGGGAAAAGUGUGGCUGUCCUCCAGCAACAACUCUACUGGGAUAUGAGCCUUUGUAGAUACUGGCCAUGGAAGUGUAGCCAAUGGGGAAAUCAAGGCAGGAAGUGCUGCCUGUUGCUGAGGAAAGGGGUGUGGCCAUGUAUCAUGACCCUGCAAAGGUGGCUCUAUCCCAUGAUUUCCAAAAGCUUGCAGCCAGCUGGGUGUGGUGGCUCAUGCCUGUAAUCCUAACUAACACUCUGGCAGGCUGAGGUGGGAGGAUUGCUUGAGCUCAGAGUUUGAGACUUGUCUGAGAGCAAGACCCCAUUCCACAAAAAAUAAAAAACCCAACUGGUAGUUCCAGCUACUGGGGAGGCUGAAGCAGUAGGAUCCCUGCAGCCCAUGAGUCUGAAGUUGCUAUGAGCUAUGAUGAUACUGUGGCACUCUGCUCAGGGCACAGGAUCUCAGAACAAACGAAAACCUUGUAGCCAUCCCUUAUACACAAAGAGCAUAAAUUUGAUUCCUAAACAUGCCAUCACGGCCAGACCCCUUUUCUACCCCUCAAACACUCAGGUUCCUGCAAAGAGGGGAUUAUACAUGGAGUAGGUCCCCAAACUCUUCUGGUGCUGGUCCUCUGCCCAGUGACACCUGGGCUCCUGAACCAUUUGUUGUCUCCCUUUGAAAGUCCGCAGAACUGUGGAAUGGAGAACUCAGAAACAAAGGCACAUGCUCCUCUGCUCUAAACUAACCCUGAAGAGUCAGUAACUGUAAAUGUGUCCCUGGGCUUCUGGGCCAAAAGGUCAGAUGGAACACAUGCAUCACACCAGCUCAGAAAUCCACUAAAACCACCGGGGCAGUGUUUAAAACAUAAACCCACAAGUGCAAGGAUGGUGAAAGGGCACUCAACAGCAGUGCAUUUCCGAAGCUAGAAGUGGAUGAUGAGAUGUCACUAAUUAUGGAAUGCCUAAUACUGAGUCGGCACGGAUGGAAGUGAACAGAGGUCCCACCAGGUAGCCCAAGGAGAGGAGACCUGGAAUAGUUGCCUUGAAGACACCUACUUGAGAAGCCUUCAAAGCCCCAGUGCUCUCCCCACCUGGUUUAGGGUGAAAGAGUUGUUUCUGGAGAAUCUGCAUGACUCCAGAGGGAAAACCUAAGUGCCCCCUAAAAAGCACAACCUGAUGAAGCCACUGGGAAGCUCAGUGUUGACAACUCCACCCAUGCACAUGCCAGGAGCUUGCAAUGCUUAUGCAAGACCACUGUUCAUCCAACUCAGUCAGCCAGGGAUUCCCAGGUAACAGAUGAAACCAAACCAAAGAGGCAGGUGAAAUUUAGGUUUGAAUAAAUAAGUCAUGGUUCAACCACUUGAUGUGUGGAAGCACACUGACCCCAUCCCGCAGGCCAAUUUAAUUUAAUUUAUUUCUUUUGGAGACAGUCUCACUUUGUUACCCUCUGGAGUACUAUGGCGUCAUAGUUCACAGCAACCUCAAACUGCUGGGCUCAGCCGAUCCUCUUGACUCAGCUUCCCGAGUAGCUAGGACAACAGUCGCCGGCCAAAACGGUGGGCUAUUUUUAAGAGACGAGGUCUUGCUUUUGCUCAGGCUGAUCUCGAAUUCGUGAGCUUAAGCAAUCCACCUGCAUCGGCCUCCUAGUGUGCUAGGAUUACAGGUUUGAGCCACCGCCAUCGGCCAAUUUUUGCCGUCCGAUUUUAAAACUAUCAUUGAGCGGCGCUCGUAGCUCAGUGGGUAGAGCGCCAGCCACAUACACCCAGGCUGGCGGGUUCCAACCCAGCCCGGGCCAGCUAAACAACGACAAAUGCAACAAAACAACAAAAUAGCCGGGUGCUUUGGCGGGCGCCUAUAGUCCCAGCUACUUGGGAGGCAAGAGAAUCGCCUAAACCCAAGAGUUUAAGGUUGCUGUGAGCUGUGACGCCACCGCACUCCGCCAAGAGUGACAUAGUGGAACUGUCUCAAAAAACAAAACAAAACAAUAUCAUCGCCUAUUGGGAGAAACUAAAUAAAUAAAGGUUUGGUCUAGUUCUAGUCUAGUUCUGCUCCCCAGAGUAAAUAAAAGAUAAAGGAAUUGUUGAGCACGUCCGUAGCCUGGACAGAAACCUCCGUCUCUCACUUUUCAGUACUGGCAUCUGAAGAUAUGGCAGAGACUGAGGGUAUAAUCACGA